AUGCAUGAAAUUCUUCACAUUAAAAUGAACUAUGAACUAAAAAAAUUCCUCAGAUGCCUGCCCAAUGAGUUCCGGUGCAGUAAUUCGUGCAUCGACCUCGUGCAGCGCUGCGACCGCGACGUCGAUUGCCCGAACGGCGAAGAUGAGGACGGCUGCGAGUCAUUCGUCUGCCCAGUGACGCACUUCAAGUGCGCCAACCACUUCUGCGUGCCUGAGGACGCCGUCUGCAACUUCGAAGACGACUGCGGUGACGGGUCGGACGAACAAAGCUGCUCGCAUCGAUCUUGCUGGAAGUCGGAGUUCCGGUGUGACAACGGAGAGUGCAUCCGUCCUGGCUUCGUAUGCGACGGCGUCGUUGACUGCAAGGACGCCAGCGACGAGGUGCACUGCACACCAGCCGAGUUCAGCAUUUGCGGCGAUGGAACGCGAGUCCACAAGUUCUUCUGGUGUGAUGGUUGGCCACACUGCCACGACAACCACGCCGACGAACUCAACUGCACCGAGUGCAGAGGACAGGGCGAAUAUCUCUGUCCAAACGGCCGCUGUAUCAGGCGCGCCAAUGUCUGCGACUCAUACUGCGAUUGCGUGCCGGCUUCCAGAGGGCAACCGUGUGCAGACGAGGUGGACUGCGCCGGCAGAUAUCUCAAGGAGUACGGAGUCAGUGUCUGCACACCAGGUGAAACGUUGUCGUGUGUUCUGCCAUCCAACAAGAAGCACCGAGAGGAACGUUGUAUCUCAUCAGACUUUAUAUGUGACGGCUAUAAUGACUGUCAUAACGGAAGAUAUAUCUCCGAUGAAUUUGGGUGUGAUUCGUUUAAAUUGGUCUCCACAGAAGAUCUGUUCAAUUGUUCUGAGGGGCGUGCUAUACCUCUGUCCCUAGUGUGUGAUUUCAAACGAGACUGUCUGAAUGGAGAAGAUGAACAGUUCUGUCAAAAAAAGAGUUGCUCAGUAAAAGAAUUCACUUGUGCUAAUGGGCAAUGUAUUCCAUUGGAACAGGUCUGUGAUCUGAGUUUUGAUUGUUGGGAUAAGACUGAUGAAAUGAACUGCACAAAUCAGAAGUGUUCUCAAGGAUAUCGGAAAUGUAGAUACAAUGGUCAGUGCAUCCCUGCAGCUUGGUGGUGUGAUUACAGUAAAGACUGCUUUGAUGGCAGUGACGAAGAGGAAUGUGAAUCUGUACAGCAUGCUUGCCAAUCCAAUGAAUUUCGCUGCAACAAUGGUCAAUGUGUACCUGCUGACGUACGGUGUUUCAAGUCUGGUAUUGAUCAUGCUGCAUGUGCUGAUGGAUCUCAUCUAUUUAACUGUGAUAACUGGACGUGCCCUGAAGGGACUUUCAAAUGUAGAAAUGGUCCUUGCCUGAACAAUUCUUUAGUGUGCAAUAGGAACAUUGAUUGCAAAGAUACUUGGGUGGAUGAAGAUCACUGCCCAUUUGAAUGCUGUGGUGACAGUCGCUGCUUCUGUCUGGACACAAAAAUUAACUGCAGUACUCUUGGCUUGAAGACUCUCCCAGACGGAAUUGAAAUUCAAAUAAAUCGCUUGUGCUACAUGGCCAAUAAUUUGCUGAACUACUCACUCAAUGUUGAUACCUUCUCAAAACUAGACCGGCUGUUAUACUUGGAUCUGGCAAACAACAGUAUUUCAUGGCUACCUCCAAUGAUGUUUCGUAAUCAGUGGCGACUGCACAUCCUCAAUUUACAGAAUAACAAGUUAUCUGUAAUUAGCAAUGGUACAUUCUUUGGAUUACCUAAACUUGGAACACUUCAUCUACAUGGUAACAACAUCCAGAGCUUAGAGCCAAUGGGCUUUUAUGGUCUCUCUUCACUGAAAGCACUUGAUCUUAAACGCCAAAGGAUAAGCAACAUUUCCCACGGUGCUUUCAUUGGGCUACGUAACUUAGUGACACUUGACAUGUCAUACAACUGUAUAGCUUAUCUAACAGAUGGAACACUGAUCGGAAUGCCCAAGCUGGAGACACUGGAUCUGAGUGGUAACAGCAUUAGAACUGUUGGCAGUACUGUCUUCAAGAGUGUAAGGUCCCUGAAGAGAUUAACAACUGAUGAAUAUAGAUUCUGCUGCUUGGCACGACAUGUCAGUGUCUGCAUGCCACCACCUGAUGAGUUUUCUUCAUGUGAAGAUCUUAUGUCUAAUUUGGUACUUCGUGUCUGUGUAUGGAUCCUUGGGAUCGUGGCAACUUUAGGAAACACAUUGGUCAUUGUGUGGAGAAAGUGUUUCAGGCAUCCUAAUAAGGUUCAUUCAUUCCUUAUCACCAAUCUUGCUAUAGGAGAUUUAUUCAUGGGAGUUUACCUUCUCAUAAUUGGAAGUGCUGAUACUUACUACCGUGGAGUUUAUUCAGUUCAUGAUCGUGACUGGAGAAGUAGUGGAUUGUGUCAUACUGCAGGAUUUUUUAGCACCUUCUCUAGUGAAUUCUCAGUGUACACACUCACUGUUAUUGCUUUGGAUAGAUUCUUGGUGAUACUAUUUCCAUUUCACGUGAGGACAAUGAAAAUGACAAAAACCCGAAUAUUGAUAGCAGGAGGAUGGUUGGGUGCUGCAUUUUUAUCAGGUCUACCUUUUAUACACGUCAGCUAUUUUAAGAAUUUUUAUGGAAGAUCUGGAGUUUGCCUUGCACUUCACAUAACACCACAGAAAUAUAAUGGAUGGGAAUAUUCAGUGUUUGUGUUCCUCUUCUUGAAUCUGGCAUCAUUCUCUGUUAUUGCUGUCGGGUAUACGUCAAUGUUUGUGAUAGCGAGGACAACUCAACAAGCAGCACAAAUGAAUCAGAAAACUGCUGAGUCAGCAGUGAUUGCCCGCCGAAUGACUCUUAUUGUUGCUGCAGAUGCAGCUUGCUGGAUGCCUAUCAUAUGCUUGGGGAUACUGUCUUUGGCAGGAAUGACAGUCCCUCCACAGGUUUACGCAUGGAUAGCUGUAUUUGUUCUACCACUAAACGCAGCUAUCAAUCCUAUUCUUUACACAAUAUCAACUACACCUUUCCUAGAACCAACACUAAAAGGAUUGAAGACUUUGAAGAGGUCAUGUAGGCUGUCGCUUACAACUGAACAGCACCACACAUACUCAUCUGUUACAGGUUCAUAUGAUGUAGCAAGAAAUCAAGCAAAUGAUGCAAUUAGACAUAUGAAAAUGGUACUGGGUAAGUUAAAUGACACCGAAACAAUUGAUGUCAACAUUCCACAGAGGUAUGAUCUUAUGAAACAGUAUAUUGUGAACCGGGAAGCUCAUAAAACAAAUGAUAGGAUUAAAGCUCUAUGUAGUAAAUUACAGAAUGUGUCUUUAGUAGAUGUCAGCUAUCUAGAAAUGGAGCUGCACACAUCUCAUGGUCUGCACAUGAACAAAAGAGGCAAAAAGAUUGUUAGUAGCAACAUUAUUGAGGAAGUCAGGUGA